AUGGCCACGCUCCACUUUACACCAGUUCAUGAAACCAGCGAAGUUUUCUCCAUCUCGAACCAAGCUCUGAAGCUUACUACAACGGAAGAUAUUGAACCGCAUCUCAAAGAAUUGGAAAAGUUUUCGAAGGUAACUAAGCUUGACGUUUCUGGUAACACUAUUGGCAUUGAGGCGUCGCGUUCGUUGGCAGAGUUUAUUCAAAGCCAUCCUUCCGUGAAGAACAACCUGAUCGAGAUCAAUUUCGCAGAUCUGUACACUUCUCGCCUUGUCGAUGAAGUGGUCGAAUCUUUGAACAUUUUCGUUCCGGUGCUUUUGGAGUGUCAAAACUUGUCUAUAGUUAAUCUGUCGGACAAUGCUUUUGGACUCAGAACGAUUGACAGCUUGGAACAUUACAUCGCGAACGCUGUUCAAUUGCAACAUUUGAUCUUGUCCAACAACGGCAUGGGACCGUUUGCUGGUGAACGCAUCGGUAAGGCUCUUUUUAGGCUAGCACAGCAGAAGAAGAAACAGAAGAAACCCUUUUUGGAAACUUUUAUCUGUGGCAGAAACAGACUUGAGAACGGAUCUGCUCCGCUCUUGGCCGUUGGGUUGAAGGCACAUGCCGAUGGACUUAAGGUGGUCAAACUCUAUCAAAAUGGAAUUAGACCUAGCGGUGUGGCGAUCUUGAUUCGCUAUGGUUUCAGUUUCAAUCCUAACCUUGAAAUUUUGGACUUGCAAGACAACACUUUUACAACUGGCGCUUCUACGGUUCUUGCAGAUGCUUUACCAGUAUGGAAAGAAACGCUUUUGGAAUUGAAUCUGAACGAUUGUUUGCUGAAGGGCUCUGGAUCUGAUGCGGUCUGUAAAGUUUUCAAUGAAACUGCGUUCAAAGAACUUCGGGUUUUGAGACUACAAUACAAUGAACUCACGCAAGAUACUCUAUUAUCCGAGAUUAUGCCUGCCUUAGAAAAUGGCAAUUUACCUUCUUUGAGAUUGCUCGAACUUAACGGUAAUAGACUCGAAGAAGGUUCCGACGCCUUGACGGACUUAGAGCAGCUUUUUGAGGGCGAGCUAGAUGAGCUUGAUGAUUUGGAGGAAGUUGACAGCGAUGAAAGUGAAGAAGAAGAAGAAGAAGCGCAAGAAACUGAGAAACUUGUUGAAAUUGAUAUCGCGGCCCUUGAAAAGACUCUAUCGGAGUUGCGGGUCGACGAAAUUACCGAGGAAUUAGAAAAAACUCAUAUAUAA